CCAACCCACACUGAGCUUCCGGUGUUUAGAGAUUCUAAGAUGCCUGAGCCAGCCAAGUCCGCUCCCGCCCCGAAGAAGGGCUCCAAGAAGGCCGUGACCAAGGCCCAGAAGAAGGACGGCAAGAAGCGCAAGCGCAGCCGCAAGGAGAGCUACUCGGUGUACGUGUACAAGGUGCUGAAGCAGGUUCACCCCGACACCGGCAUCUCCUCCAAGGCCAUGGGCAUCAUGAACUCGUUCGUCAACGACAUCUUCGAGCGCAUCGCGGGCGAGGCUUCUCGCCUGGCGCAUUACAACAAGCGCUCGACCAUCACGUCCCGGGAGAUCCAGACGGCUGUGCGCUUGCUGCUGCCCGGGGAGCUGGCCAAGCAUGCGGUGUCCGAGGGCACCAAAGCCGUCACCAAGUACACCAGCUCCAAGUGAAAAGGACGUCCCACGAGGAGUAGACCUGAUGAUGUCUUUUCUACCACUCAUCAGUGCUGGACGUUGUUUCAUUUGGCAAUUGAGACAAUGGAAAUAGGUGAUACUAGAAGACUAGUGGCUGUAUUUUCAAAACUUGAGGAACAACUGAUAAGCAUCUGGUUAAAAAUUCUAUAAAAAAUGUUCACUGUAGAAAUUUGUGAUAAGAAUGUAGAAAAUUAAAAUAUUCUUAGUAAAAUUAAAAUACACCUAGCAAAAGAAA